CGAACCAAUGCGACCACCAAUUAUCCUCAAGACAAUCCAACAUCGCCAAAUGGUAUAACCAAGGUCCUUAAAUCGUACAUAAAUCAAAUACAAUGGAAGAAUCUGCGCCAAAGCGACGGCGUACUUCGCCGCGCACUUCUCUAAAUAUCGGCGCCUCUGAAGAACCCGCGUCACCGCAGAGAAGACGGCCAUCAUAUGCAUCACCAACCAAAGCAAGCAUGUCACGAAAUAACCCUGAAGCAUUUGAGCGCCGACGAUCAAGAUCACCACAAAAAUUACCGAGUGCUAGAGCUUCGGGUCAAUUUACUUUUGAUAGUCCUUCAGAAACUCUUGCAGCGCGCUUGGCGACGAGUAGGAUUGUUAGCGAUGCUCCUACGCCUACGCGCCCUGAGGAUACGACGCCAGGAUCGAUCAGACGUGUGGGAGGGGGAAUGGCUUCUGCUGCGAGGAGGACGUCUUCGAGAGCGGGUGCGAGGGCGGAGGGUGAUGAUUUUAAUCCGUUUCGAGGGAAGGUCUUGAGAAGAUCACCGCAGGCUGGGAUUAGGAUGGAUGUUGAUGUGCCUUCCGCUUCGAUGCCGCAGCCUGAGUUACCGCCUGCGAUCGAGGCGAGUUCGCCUCCUGCGCCGCCUGCUUCUAUGCCAGAACCUCACCUUGGAUUGCCUUCGGAUGAGCCUAUGGUUGAGCCUGAGGAAAACACUCCCAUUCAGUCUGAGGAACUUGCGCCUGCGGAAGAGACGUCGCCAGCCAAUCCCCCAUCAGCGGCUGGAAGUCCGUCACCAGCUCGGUCGUUUUCUUCAUAUAACCUUGAGAUCCCGGCUCGAUCUUCAUCUCCCAUCAGGUCACCUUCGCUAGCUGAAGUUGCCCCGGCGCCAGAGCCUGAAGUGGAGGAAGAAGUGGAGGAAGAACUGGAGGAAGAGUCUGAGCAAGGCGUAGAACAAGAAUCAGAAGCGGAGCCGGAACAAGAAUCAGGGUCAGAACUAGAAGCCGAUCCCCAGCCUGAUCCCGAACCAGAACGAGACUCUCCGAGUCCACCACCACCUUUGCCAGAUUUCUCAUCCUCGCCCCCGCCAGCUUCAAUGCUGCCUCCAAGAAUACCACCGUUGGUCCAACCGAACUCGCAAGACGCCGCCCCAUCAGCCUCACAACCAGUACCUCGACUACCACCACGCGAUACAGGACCACGAAAGAGCUUCCAGAACAGCCCGGUUCGAUUCCGAGAGUUUUCACAACAACGAGAGUCGCCAUUAGCAAAACCACCGUCGCGUCUGUUGGAGAAGCCAAGGAAGAGCUUCGCUCAAGCCGGAUCAGCGCUGAGAGAGCAACCGCCUGUUAAAGCCAAAGCUACAGAGGUUAGACAGCCCCGAGCCUUUGAUCCAGAUGCAGAGAAGAAGAAGGAACGGGAUAGAGUUCAGAGGGAGAUCCAAGUUUUGAAGAAGGACCUUGAAAUUGCGCGAAAAGAGAACGAGCGCAUUCGUUUGAUGCAACAGUCCAGUCGCACCCUUGCACCGACAAAUCAAGACGAGGUCAUCAGCCUCAUCGAGCGCCACCUGAUGUCUACUGGUUUCGAACAGAGUAAAACAGCAUCGCAGCAAUUAUUACAAGCGGCGCUGAAUCCUGCCGCCCUGUUGCCUUUCAGCAAGCCUACAGCCCCAGUGGUCCGACCAUCUGUCGAAGAGAAGCAGCCUGAUCUCAAGUCACAUCAUCCCGUGGCCAUGACAGCAACAGAGGAGCUGCCCUAUCUUGAACUUUUUACUCCAUUCUCCAUGACAUCCAACACGUCCGUAUUACCAGAGGCUGAUGGAGAGCCGUUGAGGCAACAUUAUUCCAUCACACUUCGAUCACGCGAGAUACCGGGAAUCUUUACAGCCAAGAUUGAGAUGACAGUCAAUGCCACAGACCUUACGGUUCUUGAUCUCGGCGUCACAGCCUUGGAACCAGCUGCAAAGUCUGAGCUCGGUCCUUUCAUUCGCAAGAUCUGCACAGGUGACUGCAACCGUUCCAUGCAACGCAAUAUCGGCAUCCUUUCGUGGGCUAUGGGUGAGUGGCUUCGAGUCGCUAUCGAUAGAGCAGGCUUCUGGUGCCAGUUGGAACAAAGUCUAGGCUUGAAGGACGGUGUAUCGGAGGCUGCAGCUCGAAUGCGCUCAAAGAAACACAGACGCAGGAGGAACAGUGGCGAGGACUCGGAUGAGGAUGAGCCGACACGAGUAGAAUCUGUCAAGAGAGCAGACCUCAUUCGCUGUUUGGGCCAGCAACACUUCGAUAUAUCAAUUCCGUACGGCGAUGCAGAGGAGUCAGGCUCAACGGUACGACUGGGAUGGAAGACCGAGUUUGACUGGACUGGAGAAGCGCAAAACAGGCUGUCUGUCCUGGUUGGCGCCCCAGGAAAAUGGCACCAAACAGACGAACGAGGAUCACUUGCAAAUAUUCCCAAACUUUUUGAAGAACUUGUACACGGACACGAAGAACCCGAAACAGCUGUACGAACAAUUGUAGCACUUAUUGCCGGCGAGCAAUCAUGAUAGAGUCCAUCUAGAUGGCAAACCUCACAUGGAUAGGCGUACGAUGUGUAGAAUUCCUCUGCGCAGGUCGCAAGAACAAGAUACCAGAGUAUUGUAAUUAAAGUUUUGUAAACUCAUCUACCAAUCCCCCCUAACCCUUCUAUAGCCGUUUAGAUCAUCGUGUG